AUGUCUCCUUCCUUCGUACCUUCCAAACUCCAGACUAUUGCAGCUGUCGUGCUUAUCCUUUCAUCCUCGUUCUUUGGGGUUAACGCAGUUCCAAUCGACGUAUCUUCUGCGUCGACUUCAGACACGCCAUCGCGACACAGUCAUGUGGACUCAAGCGCGACGAAUUCGAGCUCGCCAUCGCGGCACAGUCAUAUGGAUGCGCAUGAGAACGUGAAGCGGGCUGAUUUUCUUUUAGGGUAUGCCUAUGUUAACACGGAUGUCGGCACAGAUUUCAACGCAGCUACCCAAUUCACCGCUGUUCAUUUUGAAGAGGGACCUUUAGGCAAUGUCGGAGAAUAUCUUAGUCCACGACCUUCGAGAUCACAUGAACUGAAAUCUGGACAUACGAUGGAGUGUGUGGCAUUUGCGAAGAAGGAAUCGGUGAUGAAAUAUGGACCGAUAUUCGUCGAAGCCAAUGCUGUCAAUGAUCAACAGAAGCUUGAGAAAUAUCUCGCCGACAAGAAGUUCAGUCCCAAAUCCUCAGUCUUGAUUGCCCACACCGUAGAGGCUGAACGAAAAGGAGAGCUGAUCAUGUAUAUCCCGGGGACUUUUAUAUCAACAUUGGGAUAUGACCCUGCACGUCCCGCGCCUGCUGUUGACUCACUCGGCUUUUAUGUGAAUUGUCGACCUGUGGAAAAAAUUUCUCAAUGGGAGGAGCUUCAGCCUCGAUUAUGGGUAAACGGGAUGACUACCAUGAGUACGUUGAAGUACCCGGCACAUUAG